AUGGCGCCCAACAACCUGCCCUCCAUUUUCAAUGCCACCAGCCAGGACAUCGAGAUGCUCCUGGCUGCGCAGUCCCACAUCGGUUCCAAGAACCUUCAGGUUCACAUGAACCCCUACCUGUGGAAGACCCGUGCCGAUGGCGUCAACGUCAUCAACGUUGGAAAGACCUGGGAGAAGAUCGUCCUGGCCGCCCGUAUCAUCGUUGCCAUUGACAACCCCUCCGAUGUCUGCGUUAUCUCUGCCCGUCCCUACGGUCAGCGUGCCGUCCUCAAGUUCGCCGCCCACACCGGCGCCCAGGCUAUUGCCGGUCGUUUCACCCCCGGUAGCUUCACCAACUACAUCACCCGCUCUUUCAAGGAGCCCCGUCUGAUCAUCGUCACCGACCCCCGCACCGAUGCCCAGGCCAUCAAGGAGGCCAGCUACGUCAACAUCCCCGUCAUCGCUCUCUGCGACACCGACUCCCCCACCGACUUCGUCGAUGUUGCCAUUCCCACCAACAACAAGGGUCGUCACGCUAUUGGCUGCGUCUGGUGGAUGUUGGCUCGUGAGGUCCUCCGCCUCCGUGGCACCAUUGCCAACCGCGAGAUCCCCUGGGACGUCAUGGUCGAUCUGUACUUCUACCGCGACCCUGAGGCUGAGGCCGAGGAGAAGGUUGAGGAGGAGAAGCUCCCCACCGUCGAGGAGGAGGGUGCCGCCGCUAUCGAGUCUGGCUUCGCUGCCACCGGUGGCGACUGGGAGGCUGCUCCCGCUGGCUUCGCUGGUGCUGGUGCUGGUGCUGCUCAGCCUGCUGAGUGGAGCGAGGCUGCUACUGGCCAGCAGUGGGAUGCCGGUACCGGUGGUGCGCAGUGGGCCGAGGAUGCGCCCAAGGAGGCUUCUCAGUGGUAA